UGGAGUGGUAAAGAUGUGGAGAUAUAUUAUGUGAGCGGAGUACGCUUUUGUAAUGCCAUUUCAGUACAACAUAUUCACUUCCAAUACUGACGAAACAUGACUAGCUUUCACGUGAAAGGCAUCCUGAUGGAAUAUGCUGGUAGAUAAAGUGAAGUAAAUGCCGAGGAUUAUACGUUUGUAGCGUAAGUGAAAGGAAAUAGCCAGGAACCUUGAAAAUGUUUGAUUAUUGCUUGAAGCUGAAAUGUUAAACAGGAACAGCCUUGGAGCUGAUGAUUCAUUGUGCUGCCUCACUUGUGACAGUCAAUCUUCCCUCAGAAACGAAUUGUGGAAGCAACCUUAAAAAUUAUUCAGAAAUGGAUUAAAAUCCUCCAAAACGUCAACGUUUUGAUUCGCAGCACCUACCAGCAAUAGUUCAACUUUCAGUUCACACCCCCUCCAGAACUCUGCACAAUGAACUUGCUUCGUCUUGUUUGUCGUCAUAAAACUGCUCUGGGCAUCGGCAGUAUUUCACUGUUUGCUGUGGUCCUUCUGUACCUGGCUAAGUGUACGUCAGAAACUCUGAAGUCCCCAGGAUCUGGUUUACCAUGUCAGGCAGAGAAGAGGAACUUGCAAAACACUGACAAACCCAAAGAGCACACUGCUUUUCUAGUAGUGCUGAUAACAACUGGACCAAAGUAUACAGAACGGAGGAGCAUCAUUAGAAGCACAUGGCUGUCAAAGCGCGAUCCAGAUAUUCUUUGUAGAUUUGUAGUAGGUGUGAGUGGUUUGUUACAAGAAGAUCUUCAAAAUCUUGAGCUAGAGAAUGCCAGGUACCAUGAUCUUUUACUACUGCCAGACUUGAAAGACUCUUACGAGAAUCUAACUAACAAGAUUGUUCAUAUGUACUCUUGGCUAGACUUGCAUGUUGACUUUAAGUUUGUUUUAAAAGCAGAUGAUGACACUUUUGCAAGACUGGAUGUCAUUAAAGACGAACUUCAGGUGAAGGAAUCAAAGAAGCUUUAUUGGGGAUUCUUCUCUGGCAGGGGUAGGGUCAAAUCUGGAGGGAAGUGGAAGGAGAGUACAUGGGUUCUUUGCGACUAUUACUUGCCUUAUGCUCUUGGUGGUGGUUACGUUUUGUCUGCAGACCUAGUACAUUAUGUAAGAAUUAAUAAGGACUUCUUGAAGUUCUGGCAGAAUGAGGAUGUUUCACUAGGGGCAUGGCUAGCACCAGUUGAUGUCCGUCGUGUUCAUGAUCCCCGUUUUGAUACUGAAUACAAAUCUCGUGGUUGCAACAAUAAAUACAUUGUGACCCAUAAACAGAGCAUUGAAGAUAUGCUUGAAAAACAUCAGACCCUAACAAAAGAUGGAAAACUUUGUAAGGAAGAAGUGAAACUAAGGCUUUCAUAUAUCUAUGACUGGAAUGUCCCACCAUCUCAGUGCUGCCAGAGGAAAGACGGUGUUCCUUAAUAUUUGGCUUGCCACUUAAUUACCUGUGGAGUGUAGACAGAGGGUGGAGACAUUAAUGUGCAGUGUCCCUACAAGUGGUUAAUGAAAGCACAGCUGCCAUAAUGGUGCAAGGGAAACCUGAGCUUGCUUUAUCUGUAACAAGAAGGUGCACAAGACAUCUGGAUGCACUGAACCUGCUGGUGAAGAUGAAUUAUAAAUAACUGCUUUGCUGGAACUAGAGGGCAUUUCUCUCUGAGUACAGAUAAAAUACUGCAGUUUGCUGUGUCAUUAGUGUCACAUUUGCAUCAGAUCUUAUUCUGGGAAAACUGUUUUACUUGCACAAGAUUAAAACAUAAAACUAGCUUGGAAACUCUUCAUGUCUAAUUUAUUAUGGAUUCUUCUGACGAGCUGUGCAAUGAAUUCAUGGAGCAAGCAAACUUUGAGACUUUGUCUACGCCAUUUUUUUCUGCACUUUUUAUACAGCAGUGAUGCAUUUUGGAAAAUGUAUUCUGUAAACUGGAAUUUUAUGAACUUACCUGCUUAAAUGACAAGAUAAGUUUGCAGAAAUGUACUUUUCUUUAGUACUGCAUUGAAAUCCUGUCCUGCUUCCUGGUCUUUAAAUGUCAUGCAUAUAGACAGUAGCUAACACUGCUAAAGUUUGUUACUGAAUUGUAGUUAAAUCCAGCACUCUUCAUUUUAUGUCCUUACUUAUUGGCUUAAUUCAUUGAGUAAAUUUUUAAUGCAUAAACAUCACUAAAGGUUUUAUACAAAUAGCAGACUGCUUUACUGCAUAGAAACAAAACUACAGAAAUGUGUGAGGGGCUAUAUUUCCCAUGUAAAAAAUACUGUUGUGCCAGAAACUGCAGUAGCUAUAGGGAAAUGUUGUUCCUCAGUAGGUUGGCUGUUUAACUGUACUUUUGAUUCUGUUUUUACUGACCAUCAUAUUUGGCAGAACACUGUUCUGUUAAUAGUUCUCUUUAGGGAAAAAAGACCUAUUUAAAAUGCUUGAAUUGGGAAAGCUGUGAACUGCAUUUUGAAUAUAUUUAUAUGCUGGAAAGAUGAUACAAGUUCAUUUAGUUCUGUAUAUAUUUAUAUAUAUGUAUAUUUGGUGUCCUUCGUGUUGUGCAGUAAAUAGCUAAUGUAUGUAUUAUACAAAUAUUGUUUUAUAAGGUUCAUGUCCAUUAGCUUUGGGGUAUUUUUAUUAAUUUUUAAGUUAUAAUUAAGGCAGCUGCUUGGCAUAAUAGUACUGUACAAACUUGAUGAAAUAGUAUUUAUGAAAAAAAGUUUAAAAGCAAUGGCACAAAAACAGCAUUUUAAUAAAAAAAAAAGAAAAACACUCA